AUGGCGGGGAAUCGAACCCCGGUCGCACCCUAUUUCCUUUCUAUAUUCUCAAUGACAACACCACGUGUACUUGUACUUGUUGGAUUACCAGGAUCAGGAAAAAGUACCUUUUCAAAUAAACUUAUACAAUGUCGACCAGAUUGGAGAAGAGUUAAUCAAGAUGAUAUGAAAUCAAGGAAAAAUUGUGAAUUACAUACAAGAAAAUAUUUGAAAGAUCAGUACAAUGUAGUAGUGGAUCGAUGUAACUUUGAUGUUAGUCAACGGAAAACCUGGAUAACUAUUGCUCAAGAAUUCAAUGUACCAGUGGAUUGUAUUGUGUUUACUGCCAGUCAACAGGAAUGCAGUGAUCGAGUUAUGCAAAGAAAAGACCAUCCAACUGGUGUCUCAGGAAAAGAAGGUAUCGCUAUAUUGAAGAAGUUUAUUAAGAAUUAUCAUCCUCCCAACGAAACUAUUAUUGAAGGCUUUGACAAGUUGUUACUGGUGGAACCUAGUAUAGAACAAGAAUGUACUGAACAACGAGUGAACACUAUUUUGGAUCUUUUACAACAAUCACCUUCUCUUCCAACACAACAUCCGCCUACUGCAAAUACUACAACUACUAUCAAUGCUACUCUUCCCCAUUCCUCUGAUACUUAGUUUAGCCUUGAAUCAUACCUUUGUACAGUAUUUUUUAGAUUUAGUUAGGAUGAUAAUAAAAGUAUAGAUGACAAUAAAAUACGGUAGUUGUAUUUUUUUUUUUUUUUGUUUAUUGAAGAAGACAGAAAAAG